CGUUCCAGAUGACGUUGAAAUUUGAAUAAAAAAAAUAUAUAGCCAUUACAUUGUGUAAGAGAAAGUGAAACCUGUUGCUUAAGAAUUUAUUUUGACUCGUUCAAAAACUUUCAUUUUUUAUUAAUAAAAGGAAAAGUCACGGUUCAUACUACAGGAAGAAGGUUUGUUAAUAAUUGAGGUUUCGUCCCGGGGUAAUAAUUGCAUCGGAACCAACCAACAGUCUGAAGACUGUAGCUGCUUAAGCAUCUUCCGUUUCAAAGGUACCUACCUAAAAAAAAGUUGCACAAUAAUGGGUUUAGGCGGAAAAGACGUUACAUCCGAAGAUUACGUCUGCACAUUACCGGAAUCGUUACGCAAAGUCGCCUUAGAAGAAUUACGCGAGGAUGACUCCAUUAGGCAACAAUCCCUGGACCAAAUGAGAGAAUGGAUUAACAAAAAUAGUGCUAUUAAAACCUGUCGCAAAGAUGCGCCGUUUUUAUUGAGAUUCUUAAGAACGAAGAAGUUUAGCGUUCCGCUAGCGUGCGAAAUGUUAGAGCGAUAUUUAAUGAUAAGGCAGCUGUAUCCUCAAUGGUUUCGCAAUUUGGACAGUGAUGACAACGAUUUGGCUCAGUUAGUUGAUAGCGGAUAUAUAGUGCCAUUACCACAAAAGCACAAUGGAAAGACAGUCAUUUUUACGUGUGCCGAAAAAUUCGAUCCGUAUAAGUUCACAGCGGCGAGCAUGAUUCGGAUUCAUAGUUUAGUUGCGGAAGUUUUAAUGGACGACGAAGAAAACCAAGUGAAUGGAUACGUCUACGUAAACGAUAUUGGAGGCUUUCAAUUGGGGCACAUUUCAUUAUGGUCUCUUAAAGAUAUCAGGAAUGUUAUACGAUGCGUUCAAAAUUCAUCUCCAAUGAGGCAUAAAGAGAGUCAUUUCGUCAAUGUUUCCCCAAAUGCUGCCAAACUGGUGGAGUUUGGUCUAACCGUGCUUUCCGAAAAGCUGAAAAACCGAACUUUUAUACACAAAUCGGUAACUGACCUGCACGAACGCAUCAGCCCGAGCAUAUUGCCUAAAGAAUACGGCGGAGUCGUUCCGCUUGCAGACAUGAUCAAUGCUUUUAAAUCAAAGAUACAAGAUUGUAGAAAAAAGAUAUUAGCUUUAGAUGACUUGCAUAUUGAAAUUGAUGAGCGUAAUUGUGCACUCAUCGAUGAAAUGAAUGAAGAAUUAGGCGUUGGCAUCGAAGGAAGCUUCAAGAAGCUGCAGGUGGAUUAAGUAGGUAACGAACUAAUUCGGGUAAACGAUUGCUGAUGGUAUUGGGCUUGGCGCGAUUGGCACUAAUAUUAAAUUUUAUAAUUAUACAAAUACGGUUCACGACUUCUUAUCUUUUUUGAAUUUACAUGCUGCGUCCAGCCAAGUUGGUAGCAUUCGAUUUUUGUCGAAGUGGCUUAUUUUCAAGCUAAAUACUAUUCUGCAAAUUUAAAAUGUGAUUUGACUGUAUAUUAGUAUAUACCUUUUUGUGAUUUUUUAUGUAUUUCUUCUACUCUUAAUUAGGAAGUUAGUAUAGGCCUGUUUUUAUGUAAUUACGUGCACUGCUAUGAAGAAAUUAAAUGAAAA